UGGCUGACCUGAGAGGUGUGCUCUAUUCAGGCCUGGGCCAUAACGUUGGAUCAGCGGGCUAUCCUGGCUUCCUGCUGGCUUAUGAUUGACCCCCACCUGGAUGGAGCCAUGGACCCCACGUUCCCACUGCUUCUGCUGCUGUGGCUCCAGGGCCGAGUCUCAGGUAUCCCUACAGAGCAAGUGUAUUCCAAAGUGCGGCACUUUGAAGGGGAGACUCUGACUGUGCAGUGCAACUUCAAACACCGCAAAAACCACUUCGGAGACAAAAUCUGGUGCAAAGUCAGGAGGAGAAAGUGCGAGUCUGGAUUCACCCGGGUCUGGGCACCAGAACCUCGUUACCUGCUGCAGGAAGACAUCAAGGCCAAAGUAGUCAACAUCACUAUGGCAGCACUAAUGCUCCAGGACUCUGGCAAGUACUGGUGCAUGCGCAACAUUUCAGGCACCCUCUACCCUCUGAUGGGUUUCUGGCUGGAAGUGUCUGCAGCCCCCACAACCAAGAGAACCACUUCUCUAGAACUUCAGACCAGCAUCCUAAAGAAUGACAUCAUCAUCACGAGUGUCCAAGUCCCCACCUCCAGUCCUUUAACCACCACGGAGCUGAUGUUUACUCCUGAACUCCUUACUUUGUCCUCUACUGCUUCCGGGACCAUCAGACUGAGUUCAGUGGCAGGCUCUAGCUUCAGCACCACCAGAUCCUCCAUCACAGGACCCCAGAGGACUGCAGAGCCCCAAACAGUGACUGCAACUCACAGCAGCAUUAGUCUGCCACCCACCUCCAGCCAAGCCGGAUCCACCACCACAGGAAUGUGCCAUACCAGCAGGUCUCUACUCAACAAACUAGCCCCCACCAGGAACCAGGAUUCUUAUGCCACUGUGCUCAUGGCUAUGCUGACCUUGCUCCCAGUGCCUCUGAUGCUGAUUGUAGUCUAUGGGUUCUGGAAGAAGAGACACAUGGGAAGUUACAAUAUUUGCAGGGUCCCUGUCAGGACUUGGAAAGAACCACCUGGAAGACCACAGCCUCCAUGGAAAUUUGUUUGCUCUGAAGACACUUAACUAAGGCAGUGGGAGCUGAAGGGACACCAGCAGGGACCCCAGGAAGCCAGAGGAGUAAAGAUUGGGGCCUGUCUGGACUGGAGCCAGAUUGGGGUCGAGAACUUGUGCAAUGCUCAAGGCCCUCCUGGAACCAAAGCUGUGCAUCCCCUGUGCAGCCCUCCUGGGUUGCCAGGACCUGGGGUGGGGCCCAGAGCAGAGGGGCUGGGCAAUUCCAGGGAGAGCCACCCAUGAGGUUCUGCUCAGAGCCACAGACCCUGGGGCCCCAGCUGGGUGACAGAGAAGCUAGAUGGUGCUGUCUACAGAGAACCUCAGCUCCUGUGGACCUAAGGAGCCUUUACUGUUAAGCUGAGGAGAGGGGAGGUUGGGCAAUUAAGACUGUCCUUUCCCUACCUCAGACCUGUGUCCUUAGCUCCCUUUUGUUCCCCUCAAGCAUCACAUGUGCUCAGAAUGCAGAGUCCCAGAGCCUGUCAAUGGCCCACAGGCACUGAUGGGGAGGAAAUAUGAUAUAAGCUCUAGGGGUUCACAGAAGUGUCCCCUCAGAUCAUGUGUCCUAUGGGUGAGCUGUUUGUCCCUCAAGUCCUAGGAGGCAGCAGAACCCACACUCCACUGCUGCUGCCUGCUGUCUGGCUCCUCCAGGAAUUCAGUGACCUGGAUGAAGCUACCCUUCAUCUGGUGACCCAGCCUAUCCCUAGAUAGUGAGCAGAGACUAAACUCAGUUCUUUCUCCUAGUCUGUACUCCUGGGUCCAACUUGCACUCCCACUGGGGUCUGAGGAAUCUCUAGAGACCGUUAGAAAAGAUAGCAUGCUCAGAGAAAAGCAGGAUCAACAGCCCCCCUGGGGUGGGUGUGCUAAUUACUUCCUGGGAAGAAAGAACGUCCUAUGGCCCAGCAAAGACAAACCAUAGCCUGGAGGAUGGCUCAGUGGAGGGUGGGAUGGAGAUGGGGCCAGGAGCCAGGGUGAGAACCCAAGGGCUUGUGCAGUUUGGCCCUUCUGCAUUGCCUCAUAUCCCAGAAGUCAAGACUUAGCUUUUUUUUUGAGCAAAGGCUGGAGAAUAGGAAUUGAGUCCCCCCCCCCCCCGCCCCACAUUCCCCCAUGUCUGCCUACCUGGAGCAACUGGAAUAAACACCUGGAAACAGAGGUGGGCCUCCUAGAUAUAAAAGUGAAUGGAGUGGUCAGGACAGUGACACCGCCAGGGUGGACAGCUGACAGAGUCACUCCAGAAUGGACAUGGGAGAGCAGAAGGAGCAGGGGGAAAAAUUCAAGGACAACUGGGAAGAAGUAUCUUUUCCCAAUGUCUAAAAGAGAGCCCUUGAGGGGAGGUUCCAGUUGAGGAUUUGACUAGUCAGGUGACUGGAAAUGUGUAUACGCACCCACAUCGGCCCGCCUUCUUAGAGAAUGUGGCUACCAUCCUGGGGUCUAACUCUCCAGGAGAAAUGUUCUUGUGCACUGAGGAGCUCAUGUUCACUCCUUAGCGAUUCUGAAGCUGCACCACUGACCACCUUCUCUGCAGAAGAGCAGGAUGCCCCAUGGAAGAGCCCUGGACAUGGCUAUGGGGCAGUGCCCAAGGGUGUCUCUUGUUAUUUUGUGACCCUCUGCAAGUCACUAACCUCUUCAGGCCUCAUUGCUUCUCUCUUGUGAAAAGAGAUGCUAAUUCCUACCUCUUAAGACUAUUUUCAGAAUAAAAUGAAGUAACAUGAAACUUACACAACUAAACCAAUGGCAUGUGAUUAACAUUGAUCCUCAAAUGUUUUUUUUUUCCUUCCUCAGCUAUAAUUUGUGUGUAAUGUUCUACAUUUAAAAUAUUUGAUCCCUAGAGCUAGAGAUAGCUCACUUGGUAGAAUGCACACUUUACCAUGUGCAGAGACCUGGGUUCCAGUCUCUGGUUACCAUACGGGAGCACAUGCUGGGUAGGAGGGGUCUGCCUCAGAAGCAGUGGAACAGUGCUGGGGUGUGUUUGUCUCUCUUUUCCCCUCUAUUAAAAAAGAAAAAAGAACCCAGGAGUAGAAGAAUCAUGAAAACACAGAGACCUAGAAACAAUGCUGA